AUGUAACCUUACUAUGAUAAAGACACUGAUGAUGAAUUUUCUGAUAAUACUUCAGUUGAGGGAAUGAAUUAUAGACCACAAACUGCUCCUCCAAGUCCAAUUACAGAACUUGAAGAAUUCAAAAGGUUUUUGAUCCAAUAAUAUUAUAGAAAACCAGAAUAUGAUAUUUUGGAAAAGGCUUAACGAUACUAAAAUUAUUUAAUUUAAAGAGAUUUACAUAAAUAUGAUCUUGAUAAUCCUGAAGGUUAGCGAAGUUGUAAAAAAUACUUAAAAACAUUGGAGAAAAUGUGUAUAAUUUAUCAAGUGAAAACUUUAUCUAGAGAAUACAGAAAUACAUUUUCAAAGGCUUAUAAGAUUUUAUAUAAAGAGGAUAGAUUAUGUUAUCUUACUGAAAUAUUAGAUAGUGCACAGGAAGGCUUUCCUUACUUAUGGGUCAAUUCUGAGAAAUUUGUUUUUUCACCUGAUGUACUAUCUAAAGGAUCUAAAUUAAUAGAACUAUUUUAUAAAGUUUAACACGUUAUUAGAGUUUCAUUUUCUAGAACACUCAAAGAAAGUCCUGACUUCUCAUCCAAACUAUUAAAACAAGAUAUUGUGAGGAUAUUAGAAGAUUUUGAUUAGAUUUGGGUUGAUUUUGAAAGACUUUAUGUUAAAGAAUUGAUGGAAAUUGAAGCAAAAGCUAGAAGGUUUAUUCUUUUAGCAAUUGAAAUUGAUAAAGAGAUGACAUCCAUAGAAAUUAGAGAAAAAUUAAGAGGUAAAAUACUUGUAACAAGUGAAAACUAUAUUCAAAAAAAAGAAUAAUUCUGUAAGGUUAUAGCAUAAAUCAAUUCUGUCGCAAAUGUGGAAGGUAAAGGAAGGGAUGACUUAGGAAUAAACAUACUUUUGGAAGCAGAAGGAAUCACAAGAAGAGUGACAAAAGAACAAUCUAGUGCUGUUCGUAAUCUGGCUGAUAGUAUUAAAUCAAACUUUUAAAAAUUUCGAGAAUAAAUGAGAAAAUAUGAAGGAAAUAUCGAAAUGGUAGAUCCUUAAUUGAAGAAUAACUAAGAACUUGUAGAUUUAUUAGUUGAAUAUGAAUCCUAAUGGGAAAAAGGAUUAUACUAUUUAUUAGACCCGACAAAAUGCUAAUAAUUAAUGUACUUUUCACACAUAAUUGAAACUACUGCUGAAAAAUAUAAAUAAUUUGAAGAACAAUUAGAGUGUAGAGAUUCUGAUAUAUUUGUAACGAUUCCUUGUUUGAUUGCUUUGAAAUACUUAGAGAAUGAAGAUAGAAAUAUUUGUACUUAUUUCUUACCAAAACUAAAAGAGGAAACUUCCAUGUUAUAUCAAUAAUAUGCUUAAUUAAAAAAUGAAUUUAUAGAGUGGAGAAAUUUACACACGAAAUAAUAUGAAUACUAUAAUAUUUUGGAAAAAUAAUUAUUGGGAAUACCUUUGAGUGAGAAGGAAUAAAUUGCUCUAAAAAAUUUCAAAUUAGAUAAUAUUAUGCAAAAAAUUCGAUAAAUGUCUAUUGAAUUAUAAAGAUAUAAUGCAAUAGAAUGGAAUUACUUUAUUGAUGCAGCUAUCAACAAUAAUUGAAAAUUUUUAAAUUUAUAUAUUUAAUUAUAUUAAAUACAUGCUCUUUC